AUGCCAGCGGCUUCAAGCUCGCGUCGAAAACCUCCACGUCGUCAGAACUCUUCGGAUAUCGAAGAAGAUUCUACCCAGCCUAAUGGGAAUGCCUCGGAAAGCGACGACAACGGCCCUCACUCUUCGAAAAGGGCCGUGAAGAAGGAAAAGGUCUCAGCAGGAAAACGACGCGCCGUGACUGCUGAUACUGGACCGUCAAAGGAUGGUGGUGAUGAUGACGAGGACGAGGACGACGACAGAAUUGACGUCGAAAACUUCCAAGACCAACCCCUCCAGAAAUCUGACUUGCAGAAACUGAAGGGAAUUUCAAACGAUUGGAACCUCAUUGACGAGGUUGCUCGGAAUAGUUGGAAGGUCAUUGGGGAUGUCGGCGUCUCCCUGGCUGAAGCGAGUCAAGAUGAUGAAGCCGAAGAGAGCCUCAAGGAAGCUGACAAGAUUAUGAAAGACUUGUUGAAUAUUAGCGCAGAAAUGAAAGCACACUCUCAAGCGAUCAUUGAUAUUCAUCAAUUGGUUGCCCAGGGGGAAAAAAUUGAUAAUGCAGGUCAACGGUAUAAAGACGGUGUCAAACUUCAAUUGGAUGAAUACGCCGGAAAAACGACGCGUCAAAAGUACGCAAAAAGCGCGGAGUACUACUCUUUCAAAUCUGCAAUAUGGGUAAGAUACAAUGUCCCUUGGGUCAUAGUAAAGUCUGACACGGAUGGAGACGUCAGCGACGACGAUGACGACUUGGAAAUUGGCGGUGUGACGCAGACUUUGAAAUGCCCUAUAUCUCUCAGGACCCUUGAGGACCCACUCACUUCGUCUGUGUGCGGACAUUCCUUCUCUGCCGGCGCGAUCAGGGACUACUGCAGCUUGAAAGGCCUCACUGCGCUAACUAAAUGCCCUGCAUCUGGGUGUAACAAGGCAUUCCGGUUCGCGGAUUGCAAACCAGACAAAGACCUGGCCAAAAAGGUCAAGGCAUUCAACCGUCGUGCUGAGAGGGCAGCGGAGGAGGAGAGCGACGCAGAGGAGGUCAUCGAGUGA